AUGAACCCAAAUAUCAUUGAGGCAGAUCAGAUGAAUGGACUUGAAAAUCUAAUGAUUGAUUUAGAUAAUUUUGAAGAAAUUUUAGAAUAAGAAAAUAAAAAAGAUACUGAUGAAAACAACUAGAAAAAAAUGAAAAAACAUAAAAAACUUAAAGAAAAGUUUAAAAGCAAGCAUAAAAGUUUAGAGCUAUUGAAUUCCAUUAAGGCAAAAAAAAAAGAAAAAGGAAAUGUUAUUAUUAUUGAUGAAAAUGAAGGCCUGGAAUUGAUAAAAGACUUAAAACUUAAAGAUAUGGGUUAAAAUUCUCUGAAAAAGAUAAAUCAGUAGAACAUAAUAAAUAAAAAUAAAAAUGCAAUAGUAGUUUUCAAGAGAAUUUGA